AUGAGGAACCUGGGAGGUAAAAGCUAAAUUACUGGCCCUAGUAGCUACCUAAUUUUGAGGAUUAUUAGGUCAUAUUUGAAUAAAGCCAAGGCUAGUGUAGUGUUUUGAUGGGUUGGGAUUUUAAUGUGUUCAUCUUUCCAAGACCAUUCAUAAUAGAAGGCUGAGAAAGUGGGGGCCUUCUUUUGGUCUGGGAACUGUGGGCUGCCUAUUAGAGCAUGGUCUAUCACUUUCCAUAGCCGUGGGGCCAUCAUCUCUUUUCCUUGGGAUGUCGGUCUAUUUGAUUGUCCCAAAGUGCAGCGAGAAGAGGUCUGGUUUGCUUCGCACCAGCUCUAGUUUGACACAAUACUCAGUUUAGCAGGGAUAGGGAUCAGCCUGCAGCGUCACUGUUUUCCGCCCCAGUCUAUUGCAGGGCACUACUGGUAGAAAUAGGAAUCCACUCCCAGGCGAUUCCCAAGAGGUACCGUGUUAAGUCCCAGGAUUCCGCACGGCUAGCGGGCGGCUUAUCCGCGCUCCGCCCCGCCCCGCCCCGAAGUGUGUCCAAUCAGAGCGAAGUGCUCAGCCAUGGGUUUGUUGUCAUAACUUCCGGCUCAGUACCGGAAGUCCUGCGGUGGAGCGAAAUUUGAAGGAAGUGGAGCCGCGGCGGUUCGGCCACCAAGCUGUAUCUGUGGCAGUUUCCCGGGCUAUUCUGAUCACUUAGUCGAGCCAUCAUGCCCAUUCGUGCCCUGUGCACUAUCUGCUCCGACUUCUUCGAUCACUCACGCGACGUGGCUGCCAUCCACUGUGGCCACACUUUUCACCUGCAAUGCCUAAUCCAGUGGUUUGAGACGGCACCAAGUCGGACCUGCCCACAGUGUAGGAUCCAGGUUGGCAAAAAGAGUAUUAUCAAUAAGCUUUUCUUUGACCUUACCCAGGAAGAGGAGAGUGUCUUGGAUGCAGAAUUCUUAAAGAAUGAGCUGGACAGUAUCAGAGCCCAGCUUUCCCAGAAAGAGAGGGAGAAACGGGACAGCCAGUCCAUUAUCGACACUCUACGGGACACAUUGGAAGAACGCAAUGCCACUGUGGAGUCCCUGCAGAAUGCCCUAGACAAGACACAGAUGCUGUGUUCCACUCUGAAAAAGCAGAUGAAAUUCCUGGAACAGCAGCAGGAUGAGACCAAGCAAGCUCGGGAGGAGGCCCGCCGCCUCAAGAGCAAGAUGAAAACCAUGGAGCAAAUUGAGCACCUACUCCAGAGCCAACGGUCUGAGGUGGAGGAGAUGAUCCGAGACAUGGGCGUGGGACAGUCGGCGGUGGAGCAGCUGGCUGUGUACUGCGUGUCCCUCAAGAAAGAGUAUGAGAAUCUGAAAGAAGCACGGAAGGCCUCAGGGGAGCUGGCUGACAAGUUGAGGAAGGACUUGGCCUCCUCUAGGAGCAAGUUGAAGACUGUCUGCACUGAGCUGGAUCAGACCAAGUUAGAACUGAGGUCAGCCCAGAAGGACUUAGAGAGUGCUGAUAAGGAAAUCACGAGCCUAAGAAAGAAGCUAACGAUGCUGCAGGGAACCUUGAACCUGCCUCCAGUGGCCAGUGAGACCGUCAGCCGCCUGGUUUUUGAGAGCCCAGCCCCCGUGGAGAUGUUGAACCCAAGGCUCCACCGGCCAUCCUUCAGUGAUGAGAUUGACCUCAAUGCUACCUUUGAUGUAGAUACCCCUCCAGUCCAGACCUCCAGCUCCCAGCAUGGCCACCCCAAGAAGCUCUGCCUGGAGAGGGCACACUCUCCUGUGCAAGACAUCCUCAAGAAGACACCUAAAGUCUCCAAGCAGGAGUCCCACCUCUCACUGGGUGGUCAGCGCUGUGUAGGAGAGCUAGACGAGGAACUGGCUGGUGCCUUCCCUCUCUUCAUCCGGAAUGCUGUCCGGGCUCAGAAACAGCCCACCAGGACCGCUACAGGUUCCCAUUGCAGCACAGAUGCGGUAAGAGUCGGCUUCGAUGGGCUUGGAGGUCGAACAAAAUUCAUCCAGCCUACAGACACAGCCAUUAUCCGGCCGAUGCCUGUUAAGCCCAAGGCCAAGAGUAAGCAGAAAGUAAGAAUAAAGACUGGGAAUUCUUCCUCCCAACCCAAGCUGGACACCUUCCUGUGGCAGUGAGCAGUGACCAGAGUCAUGUCCUCCAAUUAGUAGGCCAAGAUCUUUGCCAACCCAGGAGUGUUUUGGGAGAUGGCUCCUCUCCUGGACAGUGCAAGAGGGAUAGCAGAAACUGUACUUCUGUGUUCGCCUUGCUCUGUACCACACGGAUUCACCUCUGGAAGCUGACAUGACCAGGUUACAGUUCCGGUCAGCAGGACCUGCUUCCGGUUGCAGGGUUUUGCAUAGAGCUACAACCAGAUAUGGUUGGGCUCCUUCUGUUUUUAUAGACAAGGGUCACAUGUGACUCUAGAGGAUAGUGCUGGAGGAUUCCUAAGCAGGCGAGCCUAAACUUCUGCCUGCCUCCAGCUGCGUCUUGCUCAGUGUAUCUGAGCUUGAACUAGGGGAUGUUAGGGAAGUGGGGAAGUUUUCCAUGUAAAAUAAAAAGGCAUCUUUUCUUCCUGGCUCUGAGUGUGUAAAUUUGUACCAAGACUUUAGAAAAUUGGUAUGAGUCUCUAAAGCUGAGUGCCACCUAGACUUAGAGCCGGUAGUUUUAUCUCCAGGCCUGGCUUUCUCACAGGCCACAGGAAGACCCUAGCAAGAAUGGCAUCCCUGAAGUCUGGGCUAUGAGCAAAGUGAGUGAGUGAACAGGGUGAGCUCCAGUCCAUUCGGGGAACUCAGCAAGCAACAAUGACCAAGCUGUUAGCUUUUAGUCUCAGCCUGGGGCACCUUCUCCCUUACUGGCUUCUUGCCUGGGUAAGACUGCCGAAACACCUUUCUCCCGUUAUUAGACUGAGUGUUCCUGUUUCCUUAGCACGUCAUCUGCUUCGUGCUGAAGGCAUCCAGCCACAUGAUAGGUAACCUAGAGAAGCUUCAAGCUGUCUGGGGAUGGAGACACAAUCUAGAAUCACUUGGUAAGGGCCUCUGGAUGAGAUCUAGAUGAGGUUGGCCUGUGGGCAUGUCUGUGGGCACUAUCUUGGUUAUGUGAAUUGAGGUGGGAAGACCAGCCUACUGUAAGUUGGCACCGUUCCCUAGGCAGAGGACUGUUUAAGGGCAGAAAAAGUGAGCUGAGCACAAGAAUGGGUGCACUCUCUCUGCUCUUCACUGAGUGUGACCGCUGCUCCACCCUCUGCCUUGACCUCCCUGCAAUGAUUGACUGUAACCUGAA